ACAAAGAAAUUCCAAAUGACCCAGCAGAGAAUCAAACCAGCGACCUUCUAGCUGUGAGGCAACAGUGCUAACCACUGAGCCACUGUAUCACCCUGGUACUGACUAAUAUACUGCAUAUACAGUACACAAAUGUGUAAAAAAAGAUCUGUAAAGGGUUGUUAGAAAUGGGACAUGUUUUUUGUUGUGCUCAACGAACGACCAAAUGACCAAAGAAAAGUCUCAUGACCUUAAGGUUAACUUCACAUCUUUCUCCAAAUUUCAGGAGGUAAAAUAUUGACCCUCAAGCAUGACCAAGUGACCAGAGAAGGGUCUCAUGACCUUAAGGUUAACUUUCUUCUCAUUUCAGGAGGUAGAAUAUUGACUCUAUGAUAUUAUAUUGACUCAUGCUGACUCAAAUUUGUGCUUCGCAAUUAGAAAUGAUGUGCAGCUAGUUGAGAGAAAGAGAGCAGCCCAAAUCUCUUCUCUCAUACCUAAUAGGCCAACCUUUGGCCAGCACCCAAAUUUUGGCUAUAAAGGUUAGAGUUUCUUGCUGAAACAUUGGAAGCUCAGCUCAGUUUAUAAGUGCACAUCGCCUGGUAUUCCUGGACACACAUGUUGGUUUUCCAGUAUAUCUGCAACGGGCUCCCCAGUCUUUGAAGAGGCAAAUAAUGGCACCACUCUGAGACACCGUCUCCCCGAAGCUCUUCAGGAACACUUCCGUAAACUCGCGAAUGCUUGGUAUAUAUGCUCGCUGGGCAUCGAGUAAAGGUCAAUAACCUGGAAAUCUCGUCUUAUCUGGAUCGAGGCGAUCGGGGGAGUUUGCUGUCAUGGAUGAGGUGCAGAUUCGUCAGUACAGAGAGGAGGAUCUUGAAGAAGUGAAGGAGGUUUUCACUAUCGGUAUGAGUGAACACAUCCCGUCAUCCUGCAUGCACGUCCUCAAGCAGCCCCUGGCACAGAUGUUUCUGGGAUGUGUGUUUUGCGCUUUGCUGACCAGCUCAAUGUCCAUCCUUUUACCCGUUCUCGCAGUCACGCUGCUUUUGGCCGCAGGCAGGCAAAGCGUGUGUUACAUGUUCAACAAGUACAUCCAGACAUCCCUUGAACAAGAUCUAAGCCACAUUCAGCAGACCUACAUGGAUCCACCGAAUGCCUGCGUCUGGGUUGCCGAAAGCCAAGGUCGUGUCGUGGGCACAGUUGGCUGCUUUCCUUCAGAGAAUGACAAGAACUUCUUGGAACUGAAGAGAAUGUCUGUUAAAAAGGCUCAUCGUGGAAAAGGCAUUGCCAAAGCGCUGUGCCGCACCGUGGCUGAUUUUGCUCGUGAACGUGGUUAUUUAGGAGUAAUCCUGCACACUUCAGUGGUCCAGACAGAUGCACAGAAGCUCUAUGAGCACAUGGGCUACCACAAGGUCAGAGAAUUUAGUGCUCCAGAGUUUAUUGCCAAGCUGACUAAUUUCACACUAAUGGAGUAUCAGCUCAUCGUAAAACGUCACAACUGAGGAUGACGCCUCUGCAGUUUUGUUCCUGAUUAAAAGGGCUUUUUAACGCUGGUUCAAAUCACUAAUGAAGCAAACCGCUAUCUUCAAUUGUCUGUUUCUUUCUAAAAAAUCCACUUUGGAAAAAGGGAGGUGUUCUUUUAUAAGAAGUUAUUUAUAAAGGGGGGCGGGUGAAUCAGUUGUCUUAUGCAAUUUUUUAUGUAGUUUUAAAGCAGAACUUUUUUGUUUAUGAUUUAAAGCAUUAGUUUAACCAAAUUCUGUUAUUAUUUGCUUAUCUUGUUCCACACCUUCAGCACUUUUUUUCACCUUCAGAAAACAAAUCAGUUUUUUAAUGAAUCAGUUUUAUUAACUUUUUAAUCAGUUCCUACAUUUUAAUCCAAAACAUUGAAUGUUCAAAGAGAAGUCAAGGUCAAGGUAAAAUGUAUUGUCUCCCGUAGGAGAAAUUUGUUUUAGAAAAAAGGUUCUGCUGUACAUCGACACUAACAAGAAAACAUGUAACAUACAUACACAUUAAAAUCUAAUCCUAAAAUACCUCCUAAUAUAAAUAUGAUUCCAUAAAAUCAGUAAUUUUAAUAAAUUUUUUAUAAAAAAAUAAAAAAUGAUUAAAGUACCAUAUGCCCCACUGCCCUCUGUUGUGCAAACCAAUCCUGUUAUCUUAGUCUUUGACCAUCCUUCCUUGCUUGCUCGUUGAUCAACUUAAUUGAAAAGGAACAAAAGAAUGUUUAUAUCUAUUAUGCUUGCACAGCGGGACCCUAUAUCUUCUGCCAGAAUUCAUCAGCUCAUAUUCCACAGACAGCACAUGUGAAGAAUCAGAUAAAAUCUUGUUGGCUUGUUGGAUUGUGCACAACUCAAAGAUGUCUUUUAGUGAACCAAGUGUCUUAAUUCCCGUGAUUUUUCCUGCCACUCUCAUCAGGUUAUUUACUUGGGUUUUCAUUUUUACUGUCAGAUUCCCAAACCAAACAAUAAUCCCAUAUCUUAAAAUAGACUCUAUUGUUGCUUUAUAAAAAGUCAUCAUUAUGCUGCUACUCACUCCAAAUAAUCUUAGUCUGCGUAAAAAGUGUAAUUGCUGAUAAAUUCUUGCACAAAGACUUGACACCUGAGAGUGCCAAUUAAGUUCACUAUCAAUGUUCACUCCUAAAUAUUUAUAUGAAUCAAUCUAAAGGGCAGGUUUUAUUCACAUAUGAACAGCGAUCAGAAAUCAUAAUCAGAAGCCCCACCAUAUUGACAUGAGACGAUAACCGUUUUGGAAAAGUCAAGGUUUUAAAACCGGCAAAAUUUUCUUAGGACAACAGUAUCUCCAGCUGAAAAGAUCUCCAAAGAUGGCGUUUUAGAUGAAAGAAAUCUGUGUGUUUGAUUCAUUUGAUUCAAUAACUAAUUUUAAUUAUUUAGCCUGACAUGUUUACUCCUCUAAAGUAUUUCUUAAAAUAUUGUGUUUAAAGGGGGAAAAAAGCGUAAUUUUUUCCUCAGACAUUUAAAAGAAUAUAUUUUCGAGCAGUAAUCACAGUACCGUGAAACAACCGCGAAUAUUGGUAUCCAAGGUUAUCACACCUUCAGAAUCUUUUAUCAGCCCCAUGCCUACUACCAUAUAUUAAUGACAUGCGAGACAAACAAACCUCAAUGGUUCAUGAAGCUCAAAUGUGACAUAAAAGAAUGAAUCGAAUUUGUUCUCGUGUCAAAGAUCAAAUCUGAAGGCUGUAAACAUUGUUUGCUGAUAACUGUUUUAUGCAAAACUCUUUAGAAUAUCAUUCAUUUAUAAGUUUGCAAAUGUUUUGAUGCAUUGCAUUUUGAGUAAGUAGACUUUGAGGGAAUGUAAAGAAAUCACAUAGAAUUGGUUACAAAUGUAUGUAUCCGUGUUCUGAAGUUGAAUUAAAGUCUAAUAAGUCUGAAAUGACAAGUGAAGAUGGAGCCUUUAAAGUGAUAGUUCACCCAAAAUGAAAAUGACCUCACCAUUUACUCUCCCUCUUUCCUCUGUUGAACAAAAUAAAAGAAUAUUCUGAUGUUUUUUGAUACGGAAGAUAUUUAGAUGUUGGGAAAUGCUGGUUGUUUGGACCAAUCGACAUUCUUUGUGGAAAAAAAAGCACUAUAAAAGUUAAUGGGUAACCAGCAUUCUUCAAAAUGUUUAUUCUUUUCUGUUAAUAUGGACCCUUUCCACACUUCCUUUUCAUCAUAGCUUGGUAAAUUUAGAGCGCAGUGAAUGGGAGUGUACAACAUUUUUUUUUUACAAUCUUAUUUGCUAAAAUAAUAAAAGAAAACGACCACGAUGGUGUAAUCAAGACUUUUAGAAAAUAAGGAAAUAGUGUGAGACUGAUGACGGCAGACAGAGGAGAGAACAACAUCAAAUUUACUCUAAGCCUCAUAGACGCUGUGUUAGAAACACCUCACAUAAGCGGUCAUUUGUUUUUUAAGUUGACGCAAAUAUGAUGUAAUACAUACAUAAAUGCAUAUCAAUGUUUAUACGUUUAAAAAAAAAUCUAAAUAUUAAAAACUUUCAAGGAUUUAGGAUGUUAAACUUAUCAUAACAGUCUUUUAAAAAGGAUCCAUGGGUUUUGAUCAAGGGAAAGGUGACUAAAUAAUAACAGAUUUCACUUUUUGGGUUAAACUCUCCCUUUACAGAAUCAAAACGAUGCAUUUCUGAUCAUUUCACCACAGAGUAUUUAACAAGCAUUUGAGGGAUGUGUUCUUGGAGAAAAUGCCAUAGAGUUUGUAGACCUUGAUGUGUUGUUGAAGAUCUUUUUUGUUUAUGUAUAUUUAGAAGUUUCUUGGACUGCGAAAAACAGCAGUUCCCUGUAAACAAAGUAUUUGCAUUUGGUCCGUAAUGCAAAUGAGAUACCCCGAAACCGUCCGAUGGUUUUAACAGGAAUUGCUUGCAAUGUGAAGGACGUUACAUUUCCACCUCUCUUAGUAUUGAUGUUGAUUAUAAUGGCAGCAAGAGUGUGAAAAUUAUUAUCAGUUUAUGCUGGUUAACAAAAGAACUGAAUCAUCUGAGCUUUUUUUCUGUUGUUUUUAAUUGAUGACAUAAUGAAAUGUGAUUGUCCUGUGGCUGACUGAUUUCAGUGUAAAACAUUCAACGUAACAUCCACUCAAUAUGAAGAUUUUUUUUUGUAAUUUGUUGUAAGAAAUCAAUAAAAUCUUUUAUAAAUGUG